AUGGAUCUCCAUCUAAGAGCAAGACAGUUUUCGGGCGAAACCGAGCCUGUUUUCGUUCAGAAUGGGUCGAAAAAACACCAAAUAGAUCUUCCCAAGUACGAGUCGUCGUUUGGGUUCAAGUCGGUUACUCAAGAACCAGAGAGCUUGUUUGAGACUGUGGGAAAACCAAUGCUAGAUGAUAGACUUUUCAGAGGUCUGGAUUGUCUUUUGUUCACAUUGGGGCCCUCCAACAGUGGUAAGACACAUACUGUGUUCAACAGAGAGACUGGUAUGGCCACAAAAUCUUUGGAGUACGUUUUCCAAAGACUCUCACAAUAUGGGCAGAUCAGCUCCAACUAUAAAAAACUGUCUGGUUUGAUGAGCAAUCUGCAGAACGGUAACAGUUCAAGAGUUCCACUGGUCGACUCGGAAUACGCCGUCACGAUGUCUAUGUUUGAGAUCUAUAACGAUUCGAUCAAAGACAUUCUCAUGAAUUCCACCACCAGAUCCAGAUCUUUCCUUGAUAUCAUUACCGAUCCAACAGACCAGAAAUUGAAGCCAUACAACCUGUCCCAGUUCUUGGUCAGCGACUAUGACAGUGCUGCUCGCGUGCUGCAGAGAGGUUUAAACCACAGGAAAACAGGCACCACACAGGUGAACAGAGAGUCUUCAAGAUCUCACUGUUUCGUUUUCAUCAAUGUUGUUCGUAUUAUUGGCAGAGUCGUUAACUCCUCAAGACUCACUAUUGCUGAUCUUGCCGGUCUGGAAAGAUCUAAGCUUUCUCAGACCUCCGGCUUGAACUUGAAAGAAGGAGGGUUCACUAACGCUUCGUUGACUCAAUUGGGCCGCUGUUUGGAACUCGUUGCAACCAGACAAUUCAACAAGUCUCUGCUGCGUACCAACAAGCUAACCAGACUAAUCUUCCACGACUACGUCAAGAACAAAAGCCUGAUCUCCAUCAUUGUCACCUUGGAUCCUGCUGGAGACGAAGGACUCAUUUUGCAAACCCUUCGUUACGUUAAUCCAGUCCAGUACCAAAGUGUUCCACGGCAUAUCUCUUCAGCAUCUUCCCAAACCAAGUCUUCCACCGAUACCAAAGCUCAAUACGAGCUUCUUUGUGAAAUUGAUACCUUGAAGGCAUACCAGCACAAGCUUGAGGCCAAAGUUCUCAAGCUUGAGGAGGAAGUCGUUAAAACUGAGGUCCGUGUUCGUCAGGAACUGUACGAGGAGAACGAGUCGAAAUUGAACCAGAUCGCCGUUGAGCAUAAGAACGAAGUCCACAGGCUCACACAAGAGCAUAUGGACUCAGCUGACGCCAAGCUCAAAGAAGUUUCCCAAUGUUACCAGGAAAAGAUCGAGAGCCAGAUCAAGGCCAAGGAGGAAGAAUUGAGUAACGUGAAGGAACUUGUGGAGGAGCUCAAGCAGAAAUGCGAGAAUCUUGGUCAACACAACGAGACUUUGGAAACAGAGAUCGUGGGGUUGAAGGAGCAAGACAGCGAGAAAUUGAAGCUUAUGGAGAAACAGCUUGAGGAAACGCGCAAUGAGAGCGAGAACGUUCGGAAACUUGCUGACGAGGCCGAGCAACAGCGGCGCAAAAUGGAGUCCGAUCUCAGCAUGAAGGAGUCGGAGAUUGUGAUGCUGAUGGGCAACUACGAUACCCUGAAGGCCGAGUCUGCAUCUCAGCAGCAAAACUUUGAGCAGGAACUUGAAAAGAUGAAAAGACAGCAUGAAAGUGCCAUCGAGUCCCAAACCAAACAGCACAGGGACAACAUGGAAGCAUUGAAGACCAAGUAUGAGCAAGAGGCCGAGUCGCUUCGCGAGAGGUUGACCUGUGUCACCAAGGAGCUGGAGGUGAACAACAUCAUGAUGAUGGAGUUCCAGUCCACUCACGACAAGCAGGUUGCCGAGAUGGGCCAGAACGACGAAAAGACGGCCAAGGAACUUGAGGCCAAGGAGAAACAGAUCGACGAGCUCAAGACGAAGCUGCAGCAGCUGGAGGCAAAGAGCAAGAAGGAUAUCAGAGACCUGAGAUCGCAGCUGGAGUCUGCCAAGACCAAGAUGAGUGUGAUAGACUCUGUUGAUCGCAGCAAGGCGUUUUCCAGAUCUCCGACCCGGUCGCCGGCCAAAUCGCCGUACUUGUUUCCAACCGAUUUGUACGGCACUGGGCUGAACGAGCCUGUUUCGAUCUUUGAGGACGUUUCUCCACAGCGGGAGUCUGCUGUCCGCAAGUCUCCUUCACGCAAGAAGAAGAAGAAGGCUGACAAGGCCGAACAGAGCGAUGCUCUUCAGCCAACCAACAAGCUUGUGGAAAACCCGGUUUUUUCGGGUAAACACAUCAUUUCUCCUACCAAGUCGAACCGCAAGAAACUGAGAAGAGUCGAUAUGGAGGAAGAUCUUGCGAUCAGCGACUAA